AUGAGCAAUAUGUCUUCGGAUGGAACUCAAGGGCCUGUGCUAGUCCACGGCAUCAAGCCGGAGGACCCUGCCAACCCCCCUGUGCGUCUGGAGGUCCGCGACAUGAUCAAAGACCACCCGGAUCAGUGGAACCUGUAUCUUCUGGGCCUGGAAAGAUUCCAGAACUCAGUGGAUGAGAAACUGCCUCUUUCCUACUUCGAGAUCGCGGGAAUCCAUGGACUUCCGUACAAAAAGUGGCCGGACAGAGACUGGAACAACAAAAUGGUUCGAGUCGACAACCGAUUUGGGGGGUUCUGCACUCACAGCUCGAUUUUGUUUCUUACCUGGCACCGUCCGUAUCUCGCCCUCUUUGAGGCGGAGCUCUACAAGCACGUAAAUGCUGUUGCCAACGAGUUCGAGGAAAGCGAGCGCAAAGCCGACUAUGUCAAGGCCGCCAACAACUUCAGAAUGCCCUACUGGGAUUGGGCUCGUCCCGACCUGGGAGUCUUUCCGACUCAGGCUACUGCCCAAGCUAGAGUUCAUGUCAAACGCCCCCAUGGCAAACAGCAGGACUUCUUUCUCGACCCUAACCCUCUGGCUACGUACAAGUUCAGAGAGUCGAAGGGUGACAGGAACAUCAACCGGUUUCCCGCAAUCGGAGGCACCAUCCGAUAUCCCGGCCAGACCACCAGUAACUCGCUCAUUCAGCAGCUGACCAGGUUCUUUGCUGGUACCGAUCAGUCCCCUCGUGGCAAGAACUUGACAGAACGCGUUCUCUUCAUCCUUCAGUCGUACCAGGACUUUGGAGCCGCGUCUCACAACCGAUUCAACCCCCCCGAGAAGCCUGGACAGCCUGAUUUUGCCGAAUGGGGUAGCAUUGAGGACAUUCACAACGCCAUCCACACCUAUUCGGGGGGCGGGGGACACAUGGGCGACCCGACAGUUGCCGCCUUCGACCCCAUCUUUUGGCUUCACCACACCAACAUCGACCGUCUCUUUGCUAUUUGGCAGGCCUGCCACGAUGACCCCAAGGACCCGUCCACCUACGUGACUGACCGGACCGCGGGCACCGGCUCCAUUGGGGGCAACUUCUUCGUCAAGGCCGGUGGCGCCGAGACGAUCAAGACUCCGCUGGCCCCUUUUGCGCAAUCCGGCAACAAGGAUAACCAAACCUUCUGGACAUCAGAGGGUGUGAGAUACACGACCGAGUUCGGCUACGUGUACCCGGAGACUCAACAGUCCAAGUUCCCCACCAAGAAGGACAUCCUGAACGAGCUUGAUCGGCUGUACGGGAAGAACGCCUCUCUCGCGAACAUCCUGAGGAACGGCGAGGGGGACUUCCUGGCCGUUUCCGAAGAGUUCCGAUCUCGCGCCAGGGCUCAUUUGCAAGCCGAGAAGCCCUCGCUCAAGGCCGCUGCCGCUGCGCCGGCUGCGGACCCGGCUGAGCAGAAGCCGCUGUCCCAGUCUCCUGCCAACGGGUCGGCAGACGUCGAGCUUCCAAAGGACCGCGACUUGAAAAAACUGGUCGGACCCGGAAACAAGUACCUCGAAUGGCUCGUCAACAUCAAGGCCGAGAAGGCCGAGCUGGGGGGAAACUACGUCGUCCACGUCUUCUUGGGCUCCCCCGACGACGCCAUUCCCCUCCUCUACGUCAUGAACCAUUCGCACGUGGGCGCCUUCGCGACCUUUGGCCAAGACGAGCACACCGCUUGCAAGAACUGCCAGGAGGGGCGCGCCUCGGGCCAGAGGAUCACCGGCCAAGUGCCCCUAACGAUCGCCCUCGCCGAGAGGUACGUCGCCGGCCUGCUCGAGAGUCUGACGCCGGACCACGUCAUUCCCUAUCUGCAGAAGAACCUGCACUGGCGCGUGACGCUGGCCAACGGCGAGCUUCAGCAGCGCAGCCAGCUGCAGAACCUGCUUGUCAGCGUGGUUACCGUCGAGGUGAAGGUACCGGGAAGCCCUACCGACCUCCCGCAGUAUGCGGACGAGGUGACUCCCCAGCCACUGGCUACUACCAACCGCAACGGCACCGGCCGUGGAUAUGGUACCGGAUACGACGGCUCAAACUUCUAG